CAAAGGACUACUGUAUUGUUAACAUUUUAAUAAUUAUUAAUUGUCUCAUAUAAUGAUUAUUUGCAAAAUUUCUGAAGUCUGGAAAUUUAAAUAAUGGAUUCAAAAAGCGUUGUGUGUGCUCAAGCGAUUGCUACUGUAGCAUUAGUUGGAAUUACUGGAUAUUACAGUUUCAGAAGUUUGCUUGUCGGGAAAGGAAAACGUUACAAUGCAGCAAAAUCGAUUCAGAAAUGGGUUCGAGGUCUGAAAAUUUUGACGCGCUUACACGAAAAGGAAGUAUCAGCUACAAAAAUUGAGGAAUGGUGGAGAACAGUUUCGAGAAAGGAUAAUUUGUUGCAAGCAAUUGAGACGAAAAAUGAGCAGAAUCAGAAAUUUGCUUUUUCUUUACCAUUUGUAACAAAUGCCAUUACAAAUUUGAAACAGUUGUUGAUAACAGGUAUCAUAGCAGAUUGGUGGAGAAAAUCUACUGUUAAUAGUGAAACAUAUGCAGAUAAUGCAGAAGAUAUCUUAAUCAAAUGUAUUGAAGAUGUUGAAUCUCAAAAGAAAAACGAUGUGGAAGAAAUUGCCAAAUGGUGGCAAACAGUUGUCGACGAAUAUAGAUUGUCCGUGAAAGACUUACCAUUAGAUGUAGGAUGUGAAUGUAAUGUUAAUAAAAACAGCAAAAAAGAAUUUGGCGAACCAGUUAACGAGUUGAAAAUUAAAGAGCAAGUUCCGACUGAUUAUGGAAGUCAUCUUAGAUGUCUGGAAGUAUCUGAAAACAAAACCAAUAAUAUUGACAUCGUUAAUGUUGAAAUCUUAGAAAAUCAAGAAUCGAAACAUCUUCAACCGAGUAGCUGUUGGUCUGAAUGUGCUUCAUCUAGUUAUAGAAAGAACAGUAGCAGCGAAUCUUCUACAGAAGGAAGCUCACUUGUGGAAAUACCAUUAAAAAAAUGUUCUCCAGUGUUUUCUUUAUUUGGAGAAAAUGCAAUCAUAAAUCAAAAUGAAAAACUGAAAGAAGUGGAAGAAUUUUCAGAACCCAGGAUAGAAAUUAUUCAGGAUUUUAAAUUUAAUUCUCUAUCUGAAUCAUCAGAUAAUGAAUUUAAAGAUGAUAUCUUACAAGCAAGAGAUAAUUUUGGUGAUGAUGAUUUUUUCAAAUCAUGUACAGAGAAUAAUGAAAUGAGAGUAGAAAGUAUUUACAGUCAACAUCCAUUUGGUGAGAAUAUCUCAAUAGAACAUACUGAUUUGGAAAAGGAAAUAGCAAGCAAAAAGUUGCAGAAGUUUUGGAGAAUAACAAGAGAGAAAAAAGAUUUUCAAAUGAAAUUGGCAAAGAUUUCUCAUAUUAGCAUCACUACGAAGAAAUUUCUGUUACGCAGAAAACUUAUGGUCGAAAGAGAUUUUGCAUGUCUAAAGCUUCAGACUUUGUGGAGAAUGAUACAGGCAAAACAAAAUUAUCAUGAUUUAUAUAAAAGUGCAGUUAUUUGCAUAAGUGCUGGAAAGGGAUUCUUGAUGAGGAAAAGAUAUUAUUCUUUCUUUUUGCUUGCAAAAAAGAAGAAAACAUGCAGGAAAUUGCAAAUAUGGUGGAAGAACUUAAUGAAUAGAAAAACCUCAAUUAAAAUAAUAUUACUACAGGCACUUGGAAGAGGAUUUCUGCAACAGAAACUUCUUAAACAAAAAUUAAGAGAAAAUUAUAUCAGUAAAUUAAGUGAACAGUAUGAAGAGGAAACAGCCAAUAUUAUGAUCAUUCAGAAGGUUUUGAGAUGUUGUUUAACAUGGUUUGAAGUAAAAGGAGAUAUUAUGGAAAUGUCAAAAGUGAGUAUAAUGACAUAA